AAUCAUGCACUAACAUGUAGCCAGCUCCCCAACUCCAACCCAACCUUGCAAAUCCAACCCCAAAAAAAUUUAUCGAACUUGGUGAUGAUGCAAGGAGGAUUGGAGGGCCCCUAAAUGAUGGAUCCAAAAGCCAAAGUACACACAAGUGAAGGUGCAAUUAUUCAUGCCAUGAAUUUCAUCCGAAGCAACUCAUCAAAAAUUCCUCUUCUCUUCUUCCCACACCCACAAAAGCAAGAAAAAGAAAAACAGAGAAUUUUCAAGAAAAAGAUUUUAUUAUUGAUAGAGAGAGGGAGUAUAAUUAUUAAAAAAAUGAUCAUUUCACACAAAAUUCUUUCCAUCUUUUCUUCAUAGCCAAAAUAAAGAGAAAGAAAGAAAACGCUUCCCUCCCUCUCUCUUCUCUCCGCAUAUAUUUCUUCGUUUCUAUUACUUUCUCUUUCCUUAUUCUCUCUCUAUGAGGCUUUCAUAGAGAGAGAUGGCGCUGAAGAACACAAUUAGAUGUUGCAUAUCUUGCAUUUUUCCAUGUGGAGCUCUAGAUGUGAUUCGAAUAGUACACUCCAAUGGUCGUGUAGAAGAGAUCAGUGGCACAAUCCGCGCAAGUGAGAUCAUGAAGGCAUACCCUAAACAUGUCUUGAAGAAGCCCUCUUCUUCGCCCUCCGAUGAUGGUGUUGUUCCAAAGAUUGUUGUAGUCCCACCUGAUGCUGAGCUACAACGCGGAAAGAUCUAUUUUCUUAUGCCUAUGCCAUCAACACCACCAGAGAAGCAGAUAAAGACGAAGACAAAGUCAAAGACGACGACAGCAACAACAAUGACGACACAUCGAUCAAGAACUUCAAGCCAUAGCAGAAGAAAAAGAAGAGAGAAUUAUAGUCACGAAAGCAACAGCAACUUAGACAGUAGCAAUGUUUCGAACUCCAUUUCAAUGACGACAAAUCUUCUUAUUUCUGAUAGGUAUUUGAGCGAGAUACUAUCAGAGAAAAUAUCAACGCAGAGAGAUCGAAGAAGAGGCCGUGUUGGGGUGUGGAGGCCUCAUUUAGAAAGCAUAUCUGAAACAUCAAAUGAUGGUUAAUGGAAGGAUAUUCUUGAACUCUGUUCAAUCAUUCUUCUUUUCUUUUCUUUUCUUUGUUGAUUCAUUUUAGAGGUUCUUUAUUAUCCAUUAGGGUUCAAGAAACUGUCUAUUAUUCAUUUCCAUUUUCUGUCUUCUUUUUCCUUUUUACCUUUUUUUCCCUUUUCUUUUCUUUAAAUUUUUUUUUUCUUUUUAGUGUAUAUAGAGGCAUAGAGAGAAAAAACAAAAAUAAAGCAAAAAGAUGGGUCAUGGUCUAGAAAUAGUAGAGGGCGAUGAUCAUAAUUAUUUGAUCCUAAACAGUUAUGGUGGAUGGGUUCUUGCUGCUGCAUUAUAUAUUUAUAUGAUAUGGUCAAAGGCAAUAUAGUAGUUGCUUCGAGCUUCCUUUCAGCACAGAAAUUCAAGGAAGCAAUAUGAUUUUUUGUGAUCUUGAGAGAGAUGUCUAUGAAAAUCUCCUUUCAUUUUUUUUUUUUUUUUUGUAAUUUCUAAGAAUUGAGGAAGAGAGAAUGUUAGAGAGAGAGAUCCCACUUCAGCUGUGUGCAAGUAGCAAGCAUUAAUUGUUUCAAUAAGAAUUGAAAAUGAUUCUGAUAAGAUGGA